AUGGGGCUGGAGACGGGGAUGGGGAGGGAGGGGCGCCCGGCCCCGGGCCGCGCAUGCGCCUUCCCAUCCCCGGCGGGCGGCUGUGAGGGACGGUCGCCUGUCAGCGGAGCUCUCGCGGCUCGUGCGCUGACGCCGGUGGCUCCGGAGCGGCCGCGCCACGAGAGGACCGUGGAAGCUUCCCAGCUUCUCUCCAGCCACGGGGCGGAGUGGGGGUCGGGGCCGGGGCCGGAGGAAGCCCCCCCUCCGUCCCCGUCCCCGUCCCCCUCCCCGUCCCCGUCCCCGUCCCCGUCCCGCUCCCCGUCCCCGUCCCCGUCCCCACCGCCUGGAUCCCCCCCUUCAUGGGCCGCCAUCAUGGCGGCUCUCUACCAGAGCUCGGACCUAUCGGGCUCCUCGGCGUCCUCGUCCCCCACCAAGCUCCUGGCGCUGAAGGACGUGCGGGACGUGAAGGAGGACACCACGCUGGACGAGAAGCUCUUCCUGCUGGCCUGCGACAAGGGUGACUAUUAUAUGGUUAAAAAGCUCUUGGAGGAAAACAGUGCAGGUGACAUGAACAUAAAUUGCGUAGAUGUGCUUGGGAGGAAUGCCGUUACCAUAACAAUUGAAAACGAAAACUUGGAUAUUCUACAACUUCUUUUGGACUACGGUUGUCAGUCCACAGAUGCACUUUUGGUGGCUAUCGACUCUGAAGUAGUGGGAGCUGUUGAUAUACUACUUAAUCAUCGACCAAAACGAUCAUCAAGACCAAGUAUAGUAAAACUAAUGGAGCGAAUUCAGAACCCAGAGUAUUCAACAACUAUGGAUGUUGCUCCAGUCAUUUUAGCUGCUCAUCGUAACAACUAUGAAAUUCUUACAAUGCUUUUAAAACAGGAUGUAUCUUUACCCAAACCUCAUGCAGUGGGUUGUGAAUGUACACUGUGCUCUGCAAAAAACAAGAAGGACAGUCUAAGACAUUCCAGGUUUCGACUUGAUAUCUAUCGUUGCUUAGCCAGUCCAGCUCUGAUCAUGUUAACAGAAGAAGAUCCAAUUCUAAGAGCAUUUGAACUUAGUGCAGACUUAAAAGAGCUCAGUCUUGUGGAGGUGGAAUUCAGGAAUGAUUAUGAAGAACUAGCUCAGCAAUGUAAAAUGUUUGCCAAAGAUUUGCUUGCCCAGGCACGGAAUUCACGGGAGCUGGAAGUCAUCCUAAACCACACAUCUAAUGAUGAGCCUUUGGAUAAAAGGGGAUUGUUGGAAGAAAGAAUGAAUUUAAGUCGUUUGAAACUUGCUAUCAAAUAUAACCAAAAGGAGUUUGUCUCUCAGUCUAACUGUCAGCAGUUCCUCAACACGGUUUGGUUUGGCCAGAUGGCAGGUUACCGGCGUAAACACACCUGUAAGAAGAUACUGACGGUUCUGACAGUUGGCAUCUUUUGGCCGAUUCUGUCACUCUGUUAUUUGAUUGCUCCCAAAUCUCAAGUUGGUCGAAUAAUCCACACACCUUUUAUGAAGUUUAUUAUUCAUGGAGCUUCAUAUUUUACUUUCUUGUUGUUGCUUAACUUGUACUCCCUGGUCUACAACGAGGAUAAGAAAAAUACCAUGGGGCCAGCGCUUGAAAGGAUAGACUAUCUUCUUAUUAUAUGGCUGAUUGGAAUGGUGUGGUCAGAUGUUAAAAGACUCUGGUAUGAUGGAUUGGAAGACUUUUUAGAAGAAUCUCGUAAUCAACUCAGUUUUGUCAUGAAUUCCCUUUAUUUGGCAACCUUUGCCCUCAAAGUUGUUGCUCACAACAAGUUUCAUGACUCAGCUGAUCGAAAGGAUUGGGACGCAUUUCAUCCUACGUUAGUGGCAGAAGGUCUUUUUGCUUUUGCUAAUGUUCUGAGUUACCUCCGCCUCUUUUUUAUGUAUACGACAAGCUCCAUUUUGGGGCCAUUACAGAUAUCAAUGGGACAAAUGUUGCAAGACUUUGGAAAAUUUCUUGGGAUGUUCCUUCUCGUCUUGUUUUCCUUCACAAUUGGACUGACCCAACUAUAUGACAAAGGUUAUACAGCUCCUCAAGAACAGAAGGACUGUGCAGGAAUCUUCUGUGAACAGCAAAGCAAUGACACAUUCCAUUCGUUCAUUGGCACUUGCUUUGCUUUGUUCUGGUAUAUUUUUUCUUUAGCACAUGUGGCAAUCUUUGUCACAAGAUUUAGCUACGGUGAAGAGUUGCAGUCUUUUGUUGGAGCGGUUAUUGUUGGCACAUACAAUGUCGUGGUUGUUAUUGUUCUUACCAAAUUGUUAGUGGCCAUGCUUCAUAAAAGCUUUCAGCUGAUAGCAAACCACGAGGACAAAGAGUGGAAAUUUGCCCGUGCUAAGUUGUGGCUUAGCUACUUUGAUGAUAAAUGUACACUACCUCCACCUUUCAAUAUCAUUCCUUCUCCCAAGACCAUCUGCUAUCUACUAAGUAGCCUCAGUAAGUGGAUUUGCUCUCAUACAUCAAAGGGCAAGGUCAAACGACAAAACAGCUUAAAGGAAUGGAGAAACCUGAAACAAAAGAGAGAUGAAAACUACCAAAAAGUGAUGUGUUGCUUAGUCCAUCGUUAUUUAACUUCCAUGAGACAGAAGAUGCAAAGCACAGAUCAGGCAACUGUAGAAAAUCUCAAUGAACUACGCCAAGAUCUAUCAAAAUUCCGAAAUGAAAUAAGAGACUUACUUGGCUUUCGGACUUCUAAAUAUGCUAUGUUUUACCCAAGAAAUUAACUUAUUUCUAGGCCAUGGAUAUUUACAUAAUUUGCAACUAAAUUUAUUAAGGUGUGGGUUGGAAUGUAGAAAUAAUGUCAAAGCCAUUCUUUAAAGACUUAUAGGUUAAUUAUGUACGUUAUAUAAAAUAUGUAUAUACUUUAAAAAAUCCACUGAGCAUGGAUUUUAGUAGGAGCAAUUUAACAGACAGAAUUUUAUAGCCUUUUGUUUUACUUUCUCAUCUUUUGGGGGGGGAUAUUUGUGACUACAUCUAUUAUUCAAAAGCUAUAUCAAGUACUUAAAAGUAAAUGUGGAUUGAUUUUACUCUGUGAGAUACAUAGGGAAUGUAGAACUACUGGUUUUAAGAAUGUAAAAAAUUAGCAUGAUAUAGCUGAGUUUAGUGUUCAUUUUUUAGGAAUACAACUUUAUUUGGGCUAUUACAGUCUUUUUCUUUAACCUGGGGAAAGCUCCUAGAACUUUAAAAACAAAAACCAAAAAUAAGGAUUUAGAAUGGUUUUCUUUGUGGUUAUAAUAUAACUUUUGUUUCUGUGAACAUUGAAGAGAAUCUUGUUUUCCAACAAUAUUUAUUGCAGAAGUUUAUUUUACAUUUAAACUAUCUUUGAUUUAUUGUGCUAAGUAUCAAAAUAUUUUACACAGUUUAACAUAGCUUCUAUAAGUAUGACUUUGUGUUUAUUUGUAUAUGAUUCUUCCUGCUUACAAUGGAAAAGUGUUUUUUUGUUUUUUUUGCUGAAGAGUAUAAUAUAUUUGAUUAUUUUGUGCUUUGUAGGGAAUAGAAUUAAAUUUUUUUGAAAAUCUGUUAUACUCCUGCCACAGAAUUGAAAGGUAGGAUUUCCGUUAAGUGGAAGUUAAGCAUAAUCUUCUCACUUGAAUGUUAGCUAGUCUUAUGAACAUAGGGUGCAGGUAGCCCUAGGUCCAUAAGCAUUAUUGAUCCAGGGAUCAUAAAAUAGAGGUUUUAGGUAUAAUGUGUUUCUUCCUUUUUUCUUUUUUAAUGGAAUUACCAAACUGUAAGUGGUCCCUCUUUUGGGUGAAUUCUUAUAUAAAAUAUUUAUUGUAAAAUUAUAUAUUUUGUCUACUAUAAAAUUAUGCACAUCACAUUUGGGAUUUAACAUCAGGAUUUUCAUUCAUUCUAAAAAUAAUACAUGGUAAAAAAAAAAAAGAUACUUAUUGAGCACCUAGUGUGUGCAUGAAUUACUUAUGGGGGUAUAUUUUGAA